AUGGCGAUGAAAACCUUAGACUUUGAAGCUCUGAAAACUUUCCAUUUCCAAGUUGUCGCAAAGGAUUCUGGGACUCCGUCACUCAGCAGCAACGUCACAGUGAACGUGUUCAUUCUGGAUCAGAACGACAACGCUCCAGUCAUCCUGUAUCCACUCAGCUCCAAUGGUUCUGCUGAAGGUGUGGAGGAGAUUCCACGCAACGUGAACGCAGGACACUUGGUGACUAAAGUCAGAGCCUAUGACGCUGAUAUAGGAUAUAAUGGCUGGUUGCUGUUUUCACUGCAGGAAGUUUCUGACCACAGUCUGUUUGGUUUGGACCGCUACACAGGACAGAUCAGAACACUUCGCUCAUUCACAGAGACAGACGAGGCUGAGCAUAAACUGGUCAUACUGGUGAAGGAUAAUGGCAACGUUUCACUUUCAGCAACAGCUACUGUGAUUGUCAAAUUAGUGGAGCCAAAAGAGGCUUUUGCAGCUUCUGAUGUUAGAAGUGCAGCACCACAGGAUGACGAGGAUAAUCAUGUGACUUUUUACCUGAUGAUCACUCUGGGAGCCGUUUCUGUUUUGUUUGUCAUCAGUAUCAUCGUACUGAUUGCAAUGCAGUGCUCCAAAUCCACAGACUAUACUUCUAAAUUUCUCCAAGAGACUAAUUAUGAUGGGACACUGUGUCACAGCAUCCAGUACAGAUCUGGAGACAAACGCUACAUGUUAGUUGGACCCAGAAUGAGUAUUGGAUCUACUAUAGUGCCUGGAAGUCAUGCAAAUACACUGGUGCUACCUGACAGGAGAAGAACAUCUGAAGAGCUGCGAUACUCACUACCAGAAGAACUGACAACGGGCGCUGCUGUUGGAAACAUUGCGAAAGAUUUGGGAUUGGAGCCAAGUGUUUUAAUUGACAGAGGAUUUCGCAUCGUCUCUGGAUCAAAGGAUUCACUUUUCCAGCUCAGUGACAACGGAGUCCUUCACAUCAGCCGAAAAAUAGACCGAGAGGAGGUGUGCGACCAGACUGCUAGCUGUAUUGUCAACAUUAAGACAGUUCUGGAGAAUCCCUUAGAGGUACAUUAUGUCACCAUCGAGUUCCAAGCUUUCGCCACUGAUUCUGGGACUCCGUCACUCAGCAGCAACGUCACAGUGAACGUGUUCAUUCUGGAUCAGAACGACAACGCUCCAGUCAUCCUGUAUCCACUCAGCUCCAAUGGUUCUGCUGACGUUGUGGAGGAAAUUCCACGCAACGUGAACGCAGGACACUUGGUGACUAAAGUCAGAGCCUAUGACGCUAAUAUAGGAUAUAAUGGCUGGUUGCUGUUUUCACUGCAGGAAGUUUCUGACCACAGUCUCUUUGGUUUGGACCGCUACACAGGACAGAUCAGAACACUUCGGUCAUUCACAGAGACAGAUGAGGCUGAGCAUAAACUGGUCAUACUGGUGAAGGAUAAUGGCAACGUUUCACUCUCAGCAACAGCUACUGUGAUUGUCAAACUCGUGGAGCCAAAAGAGGCUUUUGCGGCUUCUGAUGUUAAAAGUGCAGCAAAGGCUGAUGACGAUGAUCAUGUGACAUUUUACCUGAUGAUCACUCUGGGCGCAGUUUCAGUUCUGUUUAUCAUCAGUAUCAUCGUGCUGAUUGCAAUGCAGUGCUCCAAAUCCACAGACUAUACUUCUAAAUAUCUCCAAGAGACUAAUUAUGAUGGGACACUGUGUCACAGCAUCCAGUACAGAUCUGGAGAUAAACGCUACAUGUUAGUUGGACCCAGAAUGAGUAUUGGAUCUACUAUAGUACCUGGAAGUCAUGCAAACACACUAGUGCUACCUGACAGGAGGAGAACAGAAGAGACGAGCUUUUACUCAGGAGGAAAGGAUCUGAAGGUCGAACAGGAAUGCUCUCUGACGCAAACCCAGUUUGACUAA